AGCUCAUAUGCCCCUGGGGAUCUGAAAUGGAGUAACAAGGACCUUGAUCCAAUACCUCUAGGCGAGUAGAUGCAAACAUGGAAUACGAGAGAUUUCGUCUUCUAUUGGAUCUCAGACGCUUUCGCGGUUAGCAAUUGGAGAAUUGGCAGCUCCCUGAUUGCCAUCGGUCUGUCAUGGAAGCUCGCUCUGGUCGCAGUAGUGAUCGGUAACAUGGUCACUGCCUUCGUCGUUACGUACAACGGAGUGAUUGGUGCUCGUCUGCAUAUCCCCUUUCCUGUUCAAGCUCGAUCCGCUUUUGGAUUCUAUUUCGCCUACGUUAUGGUCAUUUUCCGCAUCAUAAUCAGCGUUUUUUGGUAUGGAAUUGGUACCUACACCGGGGCCGAAUGUAUCCAAUCCAUGAUCUUCGCCAUCUGGCCACGCUUCCGGAACGUACCGAAUCAUCUCCCCGCAUCUGCCAACAUCACGACGGGCUUCAUGAUCUGCUAUUUCAUAUACUGGGUUGUUGUUCUACCAUUCCACUACAUCCCUCACCAUAAGCUUCAUUUGUUCUUCAUGCUCAAGGCAAUAGUAUCUCCUAUCGCUGGUUUCGCACUCAUUGGAUGGAUCGUCCGCUCGACCGGUGGCGGCAAUGCAGUAUUUGCGUAUGGCAAUGAAUAUCACGGCCCUAAGCUUGGUUGGGCAUUUAUGAGCGGUGUAAACGCGAUGAUUGGAAAUUUCGCUACGCUUGGGGUAAACAUGAACGACUUCGCGCGUUACUCUAAAAAGCCGAAUAGCCCGUAUGUUCAGCUAAUCGUUAUCCCAAUUGUUUUCAUCAUUAUGAUGCUCUUCGGUAUAAUUGGCGCGAAUGGCUCAAGGAUUCUCUAUGGUGAAGUCCUCUGGGAUCCUCUUCUCAUUAUUGACCACUGGACCUCCCGCGGUGGACGUGCUGCAGCAUUCUUCUGCGCUCUCGCUUUCUUGAUUGCUAGCAUCGCCAUCAACAUAUCGGCCAACAGUAUUUCCGUGGCUGUGGACCUCACGACUCUUUUCCCGAAGUAUCUAAACCUCCGGAGAGCUCAGUACAUCUGCGCUAUUCUUGGCGCAUGGGCAAUGACACCCUGGAACAUCCUCGCCUCCGCCGAAUCACUCCUCACGUUCAUGGACGGCUACUCCAUUUGGCUAGCCCCAAUCUCCGGCAUCCUAAUCUCAGACUACUGGAUCGUCCAUCGCCAACGUGUUAGCGUGCCCGAAAUGUACCGACAUCACGGAAUCUACGCAUACGAGAAGUACGGUACAAACUGGCGUGCCGCAGUCGCAUUCGUGAUUGGAUUUGUCCCACUACUACCUGGAUUCGCGCAAGCGGUUACUAGCAGUAUCAACGUCUCGGAGGGUGCGACCGACUUGUAUUCUCUGGGAUACUUCUACGGCUUUAUUGUCAGCUCGGGGUUGUAUGUGCUUUUGAGCAGGAUAUGGCCGCCGAAGAGCCAGUAUACUGGGUUCACUAUCGACGAGAGUCUGAAGGAGGUGGCUCUUGAUUUCUGAAAAAGGCAUAAUGCUAGAUUAGGACGUUGUUUUCUUUACACUCGUUCGUGGUCGGUUCGGGGUGCUUCAAUGGAUGCUUAACGUGCAGAAGUAACAAUACAGUGACAUAUCAUUAGGCCGCUAUUCUAUGCACACCUGUUUGACACUGUCAGGGGGACCUCUAUGGGGUUUCAGAAAUCGAGGCGCGAUGUAAAGUUUCAUGCAGUGAAAUCUGAGCUGUCUCUUGCUCUCAAAAAAGACACCAAGCGUGGCUUACCACUGUGGUUGGACUUGUGGCAUAGUAUUGUAACCUAAGGCAAUCGGGCUUCAUUUCAUG